UCUCGAGGGCGAAGCCCCUUCUGUGCAGCGCGGAUGAAAGAACUUCCGCACAGCCGCUCUGCGAGCUCUAUCACCGCACUGAGAUCCGGCCCCGCUCACGCAAAUCCAGCCCGCCCCAGCACGCGCAGCACAGUGAAAAUGCAACCAAACCAUGUUGAGAUGGACGUGUCUGGCCAUAGUCUAUUCCUCCUGCAGCAACUGAAUGUCCAAAGGGAGUUUGGUUUUCUGUGUGACUGCACUGUUGCCAUUGGCAACGUAUACUUCAAGGCUCAUCGUGCAGUCCUUGCUGCCUUCUCAAACUACUUCAAAAUGAUCUUCAUCCACCAGUCCAGUGAGUGCAUCAAGAUCCAGCCCACAGAUAUUCAACCAGAUGUCUUCAGCUACCUGCUACACAUCAUGUACACAGGCAUGGGUCCCAAACAACCCGUAGACCAAGGCAGACUUCAAGAAGGCAUCAAAUUCCUCCAUGCGUACCAGCUCUGCCGCAAAACAGGCGAGGGCGGCCCAGAUGCAUCUUCUGAGCCCAUUCGUAUGUCCAACUUGUACGGCAUCCAGAUCUCUUCACAGCUGGCCAGUAAAGAGAACUCAGGCCUAAAGGCUGGUGGUUCACGGGACCCUGAGGACGGCCGCUCCAGUGCUAGGGCCGAUCGCACACAUGGCCGUUUAGCUCUCGCUGUUGGUCUGGAGGGCAUUACGUCUGAGCGACAGCCUCAAAGCUUCCGCGCCGCGUCCUCUGUGGCCUCGGGGGACGACUCUGACAUUUCAGCACGGAUCAAACAGGAACGGGUAGAGGAGGAAGAACAACAGGAUGGCGACAAAGAGCCUUGCUCUCUCUCCCCAGCCCAGGUGAGCCCUUGUCAAGCGGGUCUGUUCAAAGAUGGGCCUCUAGCGCUUUUAUGCCCCCGGUGCGGUGAACGCUGUCUGUCACCCGAAGGUCUACAAGAGCACCUAUUUACCCACGCAGCCUGUGCCCUCGAGCCUAGCGGUCUGAUGGAAGGCCCUUCAGAGGACAAAACCGGGGAGCACAAGUCUCUAGAGGAGAGGCGGCCUCAUAAGGAGCGCAUAGACUCUGGUAGCCUGGAGGAGGCCUUACGGCAAAGCCAGGCCCUGGCCGAUGAGCUGGCUGUGGAACUCAGACGAGGUGGUGGGACCGGACGGAGCGGCAGCCCGUUGGCAGCCUUCACACGAAAACGAAAGAUGGCCUGUGCCGUAUGCAACCUUCGCUUCUCGCAGAAGAGCCAGCUGCAGGAGCACAUGUUCGCCCAUGUGGGCAAGCCGCUGCGAUACCAUCGCUACAGCCGCUUCUGCGGCCAGCUGCUUCACGGCUGCGAUGGCCAACCAGAUAUUAGCGCAGCCACGGGAGAGGAGGCAGCCAAGGACACUCAGGAUAACGGCAGCUCCUGCUAUUCACUGGACUCUGAGGUCUCCCAGGAGAGUGUGGACGCAGUGACUGUGGAAUGACGUAGUGUUUCACAUAUAUUCAUGCGAACACACAAUGUCUGUUAAAGGAAUAUUCUGGAUUUAGUACAAGUUAAAGGAAUAGCUUACCCAAAAAUGAAAAUUCUGUUAUUAAAGGGAUAGUUUCCAAAAAUUGAUGUUUAUCUGCUUACCUCCAAGGC